AUGCCAACUCUCCCCCAUCCCGGCCCCCCCACGCCCUCCCAAACCCUCACAGUGCCAGCGAAGGCGUAUGGCCCCAUCACCCAGUCACAGUUACUUGGCCGGCUGGGCAUCAACUUUCGAGUGGAGGCGGUGCUGCAAGUGGCGUCGGAGCAGCAGGCGGAGGCUCUCAGGGACGGGUACUGGCGGCUCGUGGGCGAUGGGGAACCCCCGUGGCUUGAUGACGAGGAUGAGAGUGCAGGCGUGGAGGGGAAGAUAGUGGAGAGGGAGGGGGAGAUGGGGGUGCGUGGUGGGGGUGAGAGUAAUUCGUCUGGGGAAGGUGGUGGUGGUGGUGGUGGUGGUGGUGGUGGUGGUGGUGGUGGUGGUGGUGGUGGUGGUGGUGGUGGUGGUGGUGGUGGUGGUGGUGGUGGUGGUGGUGGUGGUGGUGGUGGUGGUGGUGGUGGUGGUGGUGGUGGUGGUGGUGGUGGUGGUGGUGGUGGUGGUGGUGGUGGUGGUGGUGGUGGUGGUAGCAGUGGGAGGAGGUCGUUUGAGGGCAUGGGGUCGAGGUACAAGGCUCUUGUGAUUGCGAGUGACAAGUUAGGCGUGCCGGCUGCCGGCUUUGAUCUGAUCCACGGUCACGCCGUCCCAGCUGAAGAGUUUUCGGCGCUCCACCCUCUGCGGGGACACGGCGGAGUCCGCGUGGGCGAGCGCACGGCGGGCGACGCCGCGCGUGGCGGAGGGGGAUGCGUGAAGGACGGGCCGCGCGGCGCUGGCGCUGGUGACGGCGAGGAGCAGCAGGAAGGCGAGAGGAAGGGGAAGCAGGUUGCGGCCUGA